AUGAGAGGCUUGCGUACCUGCGAGAACACAACCGCAAUCCAUUCAUGCGCUUGCCUGGAGGCGAGUAUUUCUCCCAGGGGGCGAGCUACCAGGCUCCCGCAGGCACAAAUGGAUGCGAUUGCAACGUACAUCGUCUGGUACACCUAUUGUGCACGAACGAGCGAGCACACGACAGCGUCACUGCGUGAUCUGAAACACAAGGCUGAGAGGAUGAUCACCGCUCUCGUCGUGGCGUUUCUUACGCAGGCCUCCAAGUGGAGGUUCAUUAAGAUGCACCUAAUCAGCCAUUACAUCGACUCGAUUCGUCGAGCGGGGUUGCCCGAGCACUACUCAACACAAAUGUUCGAGCACUUGCACAUUGAGUACAUCAAGAACCCCUACCGAGCCUCGAAUAGGCGCACGACUACGUCACAGAUCAUGAACAGCGAGGUCAUGCGUCUGCGGCUCGAAUCUCUUGCACCAAUCCUCGGCAAGCGUAAAUCGUACGACACGUGCAUGUCUGAGGCACAGAGAACGGGGGAACGGGUGAUGUCUCGCGAGAGUUGGAGGCUCCUGGUGCCGCAUAACCGGCAUGAGGCACCGUACGUUGUGCCCUUGACCCCUGAUUCCGUCCGAGAUGUGGAGUUCACCUCGGCGUUAUCCGCGGACUUACCGUUCCUGCGCAACGCCCUCAACAAUGCCCCUGAUUGUGCGGGUCGUACGAUCGACACCAUACAUGUCCACAACGGGUUAGCCAUGCCAGCUGCCGUUGAUGCAUCAUUCAGCCACCUACCACAUCUCGUCAGGGCAGCACCGAUGUUCUAUGGUCGGCCAUGGUUCUCCAAUAUAGCGGUUGUAGGAGAGGAUGAAUUAGGUACCACGGAGUGGUACGCCAAGGUGUUGAUUCUGUUUCAGCGAGCUCACGCGCCCGAAAAUGGCUCUGACGUUGUCACGCUGGAUGCUGCUGGUGUGCCAGUUGACGACUCUGCGACGGGAAACGACAACGGUGACGUCCUGGAGAAGAUCCAGUCGUUCAUGACGUUCAUGGACCUUAUGAAGGCGAAUGGGAUGCUUCCCCAAGAGCUACGAAAGAAGCCGAAGAAGGGUAGCAUGGCAGCAAUCUCCUAA